GUUUGUGAUUUUCCUUCAGUAAAAAUGUUUGAAGAAGAAUUACGGUUUUUGCGUAAAAUGAGCAAGCGUCAGCUUGCGCAACAAGUUUUAAAUUUUUUAAUGAUUGUUUCUUCCGCAUUAAUGGUAUGGAAAGGUUUGGCGCUCUAUACAAAUAGUGAAAGUCCUAUAGUAGUAGUUUUGAG